CGGACAGCUAUCCAGAGGAGAGAAAGCAGCUACAGCAGUCUCCAGCAACUCGUCUGCGAAAAUGAAGCUUGUUUUGUGUCUCGUGGCCCUCGCUGCCGUCUAUUUUGCGGUCGACGCCAAAAAAUCUCCACCCAAGGUUCAGGUGUACACCAGCAAGCCAGGACAGUUUGGGCAGAACAACACUCUGAUCUGCCAUGUGAGUGGCUUCCACCCUCCAGACAUCACCAUCGGGCUGCUGAAGAACAAUCAGGAAAUGUCCAACACCAGUCAGACUGACCUGGCCUUCCACCAGAACUGGCAUUUCCAUCUGACCAAGAGCGCACCUUUCAACCCCAAGUCCACGGACAAGUACACAUGCAGGGUGACUCAUGGCUCAGACACCAAAGACUAUGCCUGGGAGCCAAACAUGUAGUGUGCCAGGGGAGAGAGCGCCUGGGUGUCAUUGCUUCAUUUGGCUUGUAUACCAACAGAUACCUUUAGCCGUCUUAAAUCAACUUACAGUAUCCUGAUUUCCUCUGCACUCUUUUUCUUGACAAAGUCACUUGAGGAGGGUCUUUUCUCAUUUGCCAUAAUCAUUUAGAUUACCAAUUUCCUGGACUGCUGACACCCAGUUUUUUGUCAUAUCUAAGUAGAAAAUGUUCUGUUGGUAUUAUUUCUUUUUGGACAAAAAAUGCCUUUAAAUGUUUGUACAAACAUUUUAAUUAAAUGCUACUGUCUGUUCGGGAUGCAGUGAUAGUUCCAUGGAUAUUUAAACCUGUACGGCUUUACAGACUGUUCUUUUGUAUUUGUGGUGUUCUGCUGAAACUAUGUUCAAUUGUUUAAGAUGGAAUGAAAAGUAAAAACACACAGUAAUUGGUAUAAUUAUAAUUGUGAUUGUGUAUUGUGUAGACAACCUGAUGCCACAGCCUUGGGGAAUAAAAUAAAACAACAGUUUAAUUUCGCAGGAUCCCUGAUUAUGGCUUUAAUCAAAAUAAUAAAAUAUGAGCAGAGAAUUUUCUUGGCUGUUUGGGGACCACAUGAAAGUGUCUUGUUUUGAAUAAUCAUCUUAAUUAUGUUGUGUUUUCACUGAAUAAAAUGUCACUUCCAAUACUGAU